AUGGAGUUAGAUGGAUUACGAUUUCGUAUUUGGUUUGACCAGAAACAUGCAGUUGUCAAUAAAUGCAUAGAGAUGAGAAAGCCACAUAUUCUAUUCAUGAAUGAAUUGAUGAAGUUAUUUUUCUUAGAAGCUAAACAUGAAGGGAAAACGAUGCUUGAAGAAGCAUCUUCAUUGGGACAUUUGGAUUCAACAUUUGUCAUGGGAAUCAUGUGGAUGGAUGAAGGGAGACAUAGGAAGCAGGAAGCUUUGGACAUGUUCAACGAUGCUUACCGCAGAGCAAAUACCUAUGAAUGGUACCUCCGUAGCAAUUCAAAUAUGGAAUCGGUUUCCGUCACAAACUCCGUUGCAUAUUAA